UAGUUUAUCGAUUGUUUACUUCUGGCAGAUGGUGCGACGCGCGAGUAGCUGGCGGGUGAAAUUCCUAAGUGGGCAUUACAUGUCCACCUUCCAGAAGUGCCGGGUGACGUUGACGAGCGGCCUCGUCGUUCUGUUGUUGUUGUUGUUGUUGUUGACCGAGCUGCACGGUUUUCAUGUUGUUGCUUGAUGGCCUCUGAAGAGGACUUCGUCGUGGACGACGUAACUACGCUACCACCAACUCUUGUCCUUGGGUGUAGGACGUUGUAAUCCUGGUGCUUUAUGUUGUAUCGGGAGCCACUUGGGUAUUGAGGACGAGAUGACCAUCCUACACCUUCUACGCAAUGUAACCAGGGUUCAUCUGGAGAGUCAUUUUGUCCAACAGCUUUCCCAGGCAAGAGCUCUGACUGGUGCAGAAGCAGUCAAUGCCCUGAGACCCUUCUAUUUUGCUGUCCAUCCAGACUUUUUUGGCCAAUAUCCAGAAGAGCGGGAAGUGAAUGAAAACUCACUCAAGAGAUUAAAUGGUUACUUAGAGAGUCUCCAAAAGCCAGGACGCCGAUCACUAAAGCCAAUGCCUCUUACUUUUUAUGUCCGGGAUGCAGCAGACAGAGGUUUCAGAACAGUCAACUUCACAUUAGAGACCACUGACAUUCAGAGCACAGUGUUGGUUGUCCUGAAAUCCUGCAGUUUGUCCACCGAUCACAUUCAUCCUGGUGACACGCAGCAGCAGGACAAAUUGGCAACUUCAGUUCCUUUCUACAGACCAAUUAGAUGGGAUAAGACGUAUUAUGCUUUUACUGGAUAUAAAGAUCCAGAAGAAGAGCUGGAACUGGCUAAAAAAGUGGAGCCCAAGCUCGGUUUAUGGUUAAUCAGAAAUGAAGCCCAAGCAACAAAGAAGCAGAAGGAAAGCCUGUCCCUCCGAUUGGAACUUAAAAGACUAAAAAAAGACCUCUGCCAUCACCUUGGACUUUCUGAUAUAAGGUGGCAGCGGAGCUGGGCACUUGCCCACAAAUGUAGCCAGUUGCACAGUUUGAGUCGUCUCUCACAGCAGAAUCCUGAAGCUGUUAAGGGCCUGAAAGGUCACACUGUAAUAUUUACUGAUCAGUCAGGAAUAAAUGCUGCUGGACAUGUCAUGUUGGGAACAACGGAUGUACACCACCAAUGGGCCAAAAUGUUGGAGAAGCUACCAAAUUAUUCAAAACUCUUGGUUGAGGUCUCCAAACUAGAGGAACGCAUAAGCCAUCUUCUAGGAGGGAUGCAGGUGAUUUACAUCGAGAAGCUACAACCGUUGUUGAUGCUAGAAGAAUAUUAUAGUAUGCUGAGUGCUUUCUACAAGCGACUCUUGACAAAGAGAAUACCUUUUCAUCCACGAAGCUUAGAAGGGCUGCAGAUGACCUUGGAGAAUGACUCUUCCAGUCCAAGGCUAGAUGACCUGGGCCAUUUUAACAUACCUAUCAUCUUUGACCCUUCAACUCUCCAUUGGUUUGUUCAAACAAAUGCACAAGAGGCAAGACAACGAAUAAAAAGGAAAGAGGAAUUAGAAGCAGAAGAAAAUGCUCUUGUUCUGAUCUGCACUGAGAGGCUGUCCCUCAAGAGACUGUAUAAGGAGUCCAGCAUUUCCAAUACACAGAUGAUACCGUGUUGUCAGCGACUGAUAGAGGAGGGCUUUCCACUUCUUCAAGGGAUGUAUCUCUGCGUGUCACACUUCUAUUCAGUUCUGCAAGAUGGAGACAUGUGUAUUCCUUGGGACUGGAAGAAAUGAGCAGGGAAACUUAAACGAAGCAGCAAAACAGGCACAGAGGAGUACUGGUGAAGCAAUCUGAAAAACGGAUGGUGUGACCUGUGGUUGUUUUUAUUUAUAACACGCUGGAAUUGAAUGUUUGAGUUGGAAAGACUUCACUGAGGCAAAUGGUUAUCAUGUGUACGGACACUGUUCACUUUAGGGUUUCCUGUUUCCCCCAGAACCCCUUGCAUGUAUGAAAUCCUUGCUCUUUUUUAGCAUUUCACACUGUUUGGUUGAUCAGUCGUGUUAUAUGAACUCCCAUAAAUGUGUUGACUUAUUACCAGCAUUAACUGAGAGGCUCACCUUGGGAUUGAUCUUCUUCAUUUUCAGGGGAUGAGAGUUUCAAGUAUAUGGUAUUUCAUUUGAAGAGCAUGAUAAGGCUUACAGCUUUAGUUAUCACUCCUUGUACAUUUACAAAAAUAACGGCACAGCUUGUCAUCUGUUUGGAAACUGAAAAGGAUCGUGUGCCCCCCUGCCUUUCAUUUGAAAUACUUUGGGAGCUCUGAACAUCCUAAAUGAAUUGGUGAUCUCAUUUGUUUAAUUAGAAUUGCAAGUGGAUUCCAAAAUGCACACAGACAGAGAUUAAUUGUAUGAAAGUUCUUUAAAUACACUUUUGGGGUACAACUGUGAUAAAUGGUUUAUUUGACUUCAAGCAAAUCACAGUUCCAAAGAUACUCUCUGUUUGAUCUCAUUGUUUGCUUUAUUACAAAGGAGUUGCACGUUUGUGGUCAGUGCUUUAAAAGAAGUCCUUGAAUCACAGCGUUGGAGGCUUUAAAGGUUUGUGAUCACUGGCUUAGUUAACUUAAGAAAAGCCUUACUUUUAGUAAUAAUAAUAAUAAUCCUUUUGAUUCUGCAAUUUUAUGAAUUUUGGGAAAGGUUACAAAGUUAUGUGGUUUAAAGUAUGCAAGUCUAUCUUAACAGAUUCUGGCUGCAGAUCUGCUGUUGAGCUGCAAAACCUACUAACCAAAAAAGCAAUGGCAUUUAAGGCCUGUGUCUUUCCAACAGAUGGUGGACCUUCCACUCCUAACAUCACUUCCACCUCCAGCCACAGGACACUGUGAUGUCAUUCCAGGGGGCCUGUGGAUGGAGGAGGUGGAAGUGAUGUUAGGAUUGGAAUGUCCACCAUCUGUUGGAGCCAGAAGUGACGUUGAUGUUCGAUGCCCUUUUUGUUAGUAGGUUUCAUGGCUCAACCCUUUGUCAAAAGGAGGUCUGCAGCCACAUCCCUCUCAAGUCUGGAGGCGAAUGUUCUCAAGAUUAGGUACUGUGUAAGUGAAAUGUCGGGCUGUAACAUGUAUUGUGGUAGGGAGCCGUUCAUAUUGCCUCAUUUGCAGCCUUACAGACAGCUUUAUUUAUUUAUUUAUUUUUUGCCCUCUCCAAUUUAUUUUUGUUGAUUUUUAUUUAAGAACAGUGACCACCAUGUCCCUCUUUAUUCUUACAGACACCUUUCUCCCUGUGUCUUGUCUUGUGGAUUGGCACAACAGGAUAGUGAUGGCUGCACCCACCAAUCAUCAUUUUUAAUCAUUUAGCAGCUCUUUUUCAUUUUAUGGCAAAAGCCAGUUUCUAUCAAUUCAUUCUGUAUAUUUUUAUAGACUCAUCAUUUUAAAGAAUAAUGUCUGAGAACCUGUGGUGGGCUGGCACCCUGCCCGGGGUUUGUUUCCUGCCUUGUGCCCUGUGUUGGCUGGGAUUGGCUCCAGCAGAACCCGGUGCCCCUGUAGUUAGGAUAUAGCGGGUUGGGUAACUGACUGACUGACUUUGUAUCUUUAUUUGUUUGUAUACGCCAUCUGUUGGAAUGAGAACUGCAGUGUUUUUGAUUAGUGCACUCAACAAAUUUCUUGGAAUGGAUGUGUCGAGAAUGAAAUCCUGGAGUGAACACGUGAAGAGCUAAAAGCACUAAGGUGUGUGUGUGUGUGCUCUUUGGCGGGCUGGCGCCCUGCCUGGGGUUUGUUUCCUGCCUUGUGCCCUGUGUUGGCUGGGAUUGGCUCCAGCAGACCCCCGUGGCCCUGUAGUUAAGAUAUAGUGGGUUGGAUAAUGGAUGGAUGGAUGUCUGAGAACUUACAGUGUUGCGUCAUGAACAUUUUAUUUUUAUUUUCUGUGUACAGAAGACAAAAUCAGAAGCCAUAGGGAGAAAGAAAACCAUCGCAUUUGUGGUACAGAAAAGUCAAAUAACCAUCAUAAAGGUCACUGAAUGUUUGAAAGAAUUAUGGAUUUUGCAAAUAAACUUUAUCGGGAAUAGAGAGUGUGAAUCAGUACUUUUUAAUUGUGGAGAAAAUUAGUUAUAAUUACAAUUUGCCUUGAAAUUAUAAUUAUUUUCAUAAAGUAUUUCAUUGUUUAUUUUCUUAAAUUAUAGAGUGGAAUUUGUCAAAUGUUAAAGUGUUUAAUUUAUAUU